ACAACAACAACAAAUGUACCAACAACAGCAACAGGUGUACAUGUACCAACAACAACAGAUGCACCAACAAUAACAACAGAUGUUCCUACCACACCGGAUGUACUGACAACAGCAACAACAACAACAACAGCAACAACAAUACAUGUAUCCACAGCAACAACAACAACAACAACAACAACACAUGUACCAACAACAACCUCAACAGAUGUGCCCACAAAUACAGCAACAGUGCCAACAACAAAUACACCUACUCAAAUGACUCCCACAAAAACUGCCCACGUAACAAGUACAAGUACUCCUAGCCAUAUUGUUAAUACAACUGAAGACCUUGCAGCUUUCAAUGAACGGCACAUAAGUGAGGAAAACCUCACAAAGAUAGUUCUUGGGACGAUGAUACCAAUUGCCAUUCUCACUUUGGUUGGUUGCACUUGUUGUAUGGUGGCACUAGUGGUCA